CAUGUCUCUGAUUACAAUGAAUGACUUUCGGUGAGCAGUCCAGACAGAACAGAAGUGGACACCCGAAGCCGAGGCUGUCACAUUCUCCAGAGAAAUUCAGAGACAUGGCAUCAGCACAGUGUGAUGGGAAACCACAGCCUGGCGACUUGAUAGAAAUCUCCCGCGGCACUUACGAGCAUUGGGCCGUAUACGUUGGCGAUGGCUAUGUUGUUCAUUUGGCCCCAUCAUCGGAGGUCGCGGGUGCAGGCAUCAACAGUAUGAUGUCCGUCCUGUUGGACAGCGCCAUCGUGAGGAAGGAGGAGCUGUGGAAGGUAGUGGGUGACAACCCCUAUACAAUCAACAACUUACUGGACCACAAGUACCAGCCCCGCCCUGUCUGCUUGAUUGUGGGGGACGCCCUCGAACUGGUGGACAUGGAGCUGCCAUACUGCAUUUUCAGUCAUAACUGCGAGCACUUUGCCACCCUGUUGCGUUACGGCAAGCCCGAGUCCCGACAGGUGCGUCAAGUGGGAGAAGCCAUUGCGGUUGGAAGCGUGGUGACUCUGGGUGUUUUUGGUAUCGCAGCUUUGGUAACAACUCUGCUCGGAAGCAACAAGGACAAGCACAAACAGUAACACUGAACCGAUAUGACACUACUGCUGGAAUUCAGCGAUUCACCCGCAAAGCUUCAUACAUACGUAAGCAGUCUCAUAAAAAGGGAGUCACACUCACUAAUGUUCAAUGGGAAAUAUAAGCACACUUAUUUUUACAAUGUAUCACUUCACGAAAAGCAGCAUUGACACUAUAAUUAGGGCUGGAGCAGCAACUGCUGCGAGGUCCUAUAAUACAGUAUAAGUCUAGUAUAACAAUCGUAAGAAGUAUCAAUUUUCACUGACGGCUGUUGAAUUCAAAUACCCAUGUUAACAUGCAGGCCUGGCAGUUAAAAUUUGUCAUUUGUAAAAUGACAAAAUUACAAUAAUGCUUUUGGAUUCUAAUGAAUCCACAGUUUGACUACAAUUUGUAACAUUUUAUCCAUUUGUAAGUGCAAAUAAAAAAAAUAUUUUCUUCUUUGUG